CUCAAGAAGGCGGCCUGGGUGGCACAGCCCCACGGGAGCCACCAGCGAUGUCGCACCUCUUAUUCACCUGCCUGCUGGCUGUCUUCCCAGUGGUCUCCAUGAAGAGUCCCAUAUUCGGUCCUCAGGAGGUGAGCAGUGUGGAAGGCGGCUCAGUGUCUAUCAAGUGCUACUACCCGGCCACCUCCGUCAACCGGCAUACCCGUAAGUACUGGUGCCGGCAGGGAGCCAGGGGCCGCUGCACUACCCUCAUCUCCUCAGAGGGCUACGUCUCCAAGGACUAUGAGGGCAGAGCCAACCUCACCAACUUCCCAGAGAGCGGCACAUUUGUGAUGAACAUCAGCCAUCUCACUCGGAAUGACUCGGGGCUCUACAAGUGUGGUCUGGGCAUUAGCAGCCGAGGCCUGUCCUUUGAUGUGAGCCUGGAAGUCAGUCAAGCUCCUGGGCAGAUAAAUGGCGUCCACGUCUACACAGCAGACCUGGGCAGAACAGUGACCAUCAACUGCCCUUUCAGGGCUGUGAAUUCGGAGAAGAAGAAAUCUUUGUGCAAGAAGACAGGCCAGAGCUGCAUGCUAGUCACCGACUCCACUGGGUAUGUGAGCCCCAGCUACAGCGACAGAGUACAUCUCACUAUUGCGGGUACCAGCCAAUUAGUGUUUAGCGUUGUCAUCAACCGAAUCCAGCUCAACGAUGCUGGGAUGUACGUCUGCCAGGCUGGGGAUGAUGCCAGCGCCGACAAGAGCAAUGCUGACCUCCAAGUGCUGAAGCCUGAGCCUGAGCUGAUUUACGGAGACCUGAGGGGCUCGGUGACCUUUGACUGUGCCCUGGGCCCCGAGAUGGCAACAGUGCCCAAAUUUCUGUGCCGGCUAAAAAAUGCGGAAGCUUGCAAUGUGAUCAUCAACACGCUGGGGAAGAAGACUCAGGACUUUGAGGGCAGGAUCCUGUUCACUCCCAAGGAUAACGGUGUCUUCAGUGUGCACGUCAUCAGCCUGAGGAAAGCAGAUGCGGGGCUCUACCUGUGCGGAGCCCACCCUGAUGGUGAGCCUCAGGAAGGCUGGCCCACCCAGGCUUGGCAACUCUUCGUCAAUGAAGAGACCAUGAUUCCCCCAAGUCGGUCUGUGGUGAAAGGAGUGGUGGGAGGCUCCGUGGCCGUGUCCUGCGCCUACAACCCGAAGGAAACAGACAGCCUGAAGUACUGGUGUCACUGGGAAGAGACUCCAGAUGGCCACUGCCCGCAGCUGGUGCAGAGCGAGGGGCUGGUCAAGGAGCAGUACGAGGGCAGGCUCGCACUGUACGAGGAGCCAGGCAAUGGCACCUACACCGUCAUCCUCAACCAGCUCACCACCCAGGACUCUGGCUUCUACUGGUGUUUGACCAACGGCGAUACUCGCUGGAGGUCCAUGGUGGAGCUCAAGAUUGUGGAAGGAGAACCAAGCCUCAAGGUACCCAAGAAUGUCAAGGCUUGGCUGGGAGAGUCCCUCAAGAUCUCCUGCCACUUCCCCUGCAAAUUCUACUCCUACGACAAGUACUGGUGUAAGUGGAGCAACAGAGGCUGCAGGGCCCUGCCCAGCCAGGACGAAGGCCCCAGCCAGGCCUUUGUGAACUGCAACCAGAAGAGCCAGAUCGUCUCCCUGAACCUGAACUCUGUCACCAGCGAGGAUGAAGGCUGGUACUGGUGCGGAGUGAAGGAGGGCCACCAAUACGGAGAGACCGUGGCUGUCUAUGUGGUGGUGGAGAAGACGGUGAAGGGGUCCCAAGAUACCAGUCGAGUGAAUGCUGCUCCUGGUGAGGAGGUGAUAGAGCCGAGGGCCAGGGAGACCGAGAGCAAAGUCGUUCUGGGUCCCAGCCUUUUUGCAGAGGAAAGAGGAGUGGAUAGUGGAGCUCCAGCUGGUGGGAGCGGAGCACCUGCAGAUCCCGGCAGCUCUGCAGGACAAGGUAGGAGCUCCAAAGCGCUGGUCUCCACCCUGGUGCCCCUGGCCCUGGUGCUGGCUGCAGGGGCCGUAGCGAUUGCGGUGGUCAGAGCCCGACACAGGAAGAAUGUCGACCGGAUUUCAAUCAGGAGCUACAGGACGGACAUUAGCAUGUCAGACUUUGAGAGCUCCAGGGAUUUUGGAGCCCAUGACAACAUGGGAGCCUCUCCAGACACUCAGGAGACAACUCUCGGAGGAAAAGACGAGUUCGCCACCACUACCGAGGAUGCCGUGGAGAAGGAAGAACCCAAGAAGGCGAAAAGGUCAUCCAAGGAGGAAGCCGACAAGGCCUUCACCACCUUCCUGCUCCAGACCAACAGUAUGGCUGCCGCCACCCAGGACGGCCCCAGAGAAGCCUAGACAGAGCCCUGGUUGCACCCAUCCCUCCGCACGUGGCAAUCACGUUCUGAAUCACGUUGAUCCUCAGGGCCCUCAGCUCCGGGCCUCCACUACCUGCACUCACACCCCACCUAGGCUUUUCCUAC